AUGCCAUCCUCCACCACCACCACCCCCAGCUACGGCACGCAGAAGCCCAUCUUCCUCGCCACGCACCCGCGCGCCUGCUCCACGGCGUUUGAGCGGGUGAUGAUGACGCGGUCGGACGACGCCCUGGUGUGCCUGCACGAGCCGUUUGGGGAUGCGUUCUACUACGGGCCUGAGCGGCUUGGGCGGCGGUUCGACGGCGAGGGGAUGCGCGGCGUGAGGGAGGGGAGUGGGUUUGCGGAGGUGACGUUUGCGGAUGUGGUGCGGGGGAUUGAGGAGGCGAGGAAGGGGGCUGAGUUGGAAAACAAGCGCAUCUUCAUCAAAGACAUAACCCACUACCUCCUCCCGCCCACCCCCUCCCACACCUCCCAACUCGCCCCCUCCCUCUCCUUCCCCCGCAAAGGCUACGGCACCCUCUCCUCCUCCUCCUCCGAAGACCACACCAACCCCACCGUCCUCCCCCUCCACAUCCUCCGCCGCUACCAGUUCACAUUCCUGAUCCGCCACCCGCGCCGCGCCAUCCCCUCCUACUACCGCUGCUGCGUGCCGCCGCUCUCGGCCGCAACGGGGUUCGACUACUUCCGUGCCGACGAGGCGGGCUACCGCGAGCUGCGGGUGUUUUUGGAGUUCUUGCUGGAGAAGGGGGUUGUGAGUAGGGAGGAGCUGUGUGUGGUUGAUGCGGACGACCUGCUGGAUGCGCCCGAGGCGGUGAUGAGGAGGUAUUGUGAGGCGGUGGGGUUCGACUUUAGGGUGGGGAUGCUGAGGUGGGGGGAGGGCGGGGAUGGGUGUGGGGAGAAGUUUGAGAAGUGGAAGGGCUUUCAUGAGGAUGCGAUUGGGAGUGUAGGGUUGAGGCCGAGGGGGAAGAAGCAGGAGAAGUCGGAGGAGGAGGAGUAUCAGGGGUGGGUGCAGAAGUAUAGGAAGGAGGGGGCGGACCUGAUUCGGGAGACGGCGGAGAAGAACUUGGAGGAUUAUGAGUUUUUGAAGCAGUUCAAGAUGGUGAUUUAG